GGGCAGAGAAGCCGCCGCAGCAGCCUCCCCAACCGCGCGGGGCGUUUGAAUGGGCCGGAAGUGGGGGUACAGCGACUUCCGGCAGUUGGGCUGAGGCAAGGGAACAUCAGGGAUGGCGACCAAGAGACUCGCAAGGCAGCUUGGAUUAAUUAGGAGAAAGUCAAUUCCACCAGCAAAUGGAAACCUAGGAAGAAGCAAAUCUAAACAGUUGUUUGACUACUUAAUUGUCCUUGAUUUUGAGUCCACAUGUUGGAAUGAUGGGAAACACCACCGGAGUCAGGAAAUAAUUGAAUUUCCAGCGGUAUUACUGAACACAUCAACUGGAGAGAUUGAAUCUGAGUUCCAUGCUUACGUUCAGCCUCAGGAACAUCCAAUUCUUUCUGAAUUUUGCAUGGAACUGACAGGCAUAAGGCAGGCUCAAGUUGAUGAAGGAGUCCCUCUGAAGAUUUGUUUAUCUCAGUUCUGUAAAUGGAUUCAGAAGAUUCAGCAACAGAAGAAAAUUAUUUUUGCUACUACAGUUUCAGAUAUUUCCACUGCUGAAGUAAAAUUAUGUGCGUUUGUUACUUGGUCAGACUGGGACUUGGGGGUUUGCCUGGAGUAUGAAUGUAAAAGAAAACAACUGUUAAAACCUGUGUUCCUUAAUUCUUGGAUUGAUCUCAGAGUAACUUACAAGAUUUUCUAUAGAAGAAAACCAAAAGGACUCAGUGGUGCCCUGCAGGAAGUGGGAAUGCAAUUCUUGGGACGAGAACAUUUUGGGUUGGAUGAUUCUCGGAAUACUGCCCUUCUUGCUUGGAAGAUGAUCAGGGAUGGUUGCUUAAUGAAGAUUACAAGGUCUUUGAACAAGGUUUCCACUAAGAGGAAUCCUAACAUUUUCACCAGAAAUUUGAAUACGGAUCAAGUUAAAGAAACAUCAGCCUGUACCAAUAACACUCAGGAUCCCAGCAUAUAUGGUAGGGAGCCUAAAAAUUCAAUAAAAUCUUACAAGAAAAUUCAAAUGAAGUCUGUUGGUGUGAAUUCUCCUAUAAAGGAUCAGUUACAACAAAAGGACAGCAUAAAAGCAGGUCUUUGCAAUGUCAGAAGCUGUUUCUCUCUCUUUAAUGCUACUAAGUCCUGGACUUCUCUGGGGCAGCUGCAGUCUUCCAGCUGGAAUACACCUAUGCAGAAGCAAAUAAACCAACAUCUUGCAUUUAAUAUCAAUUCUAAGACUUCAACAGUUGAUUCAGAACUGGUACCUGUUUCAACUACCAUUUCAUCUUUUAAUGAUGUUUCUGAUAUGGAAGUCAGUUCUGCCCUUGACUGUUUACCUAUGUUGGCUGAUUGGGAGGAUGUAGCUUUACUGCCAGCAUCUCAGCCCGAGCAAAAUAUAUAUUGUAUACCUCCCAUUAGUGACUCAAAUGUAGACACUUCACUUAAUUCUGGAGAAAGAGUAAUGGUUUUAGAAGAAUCUGAAAUGUUAAGUCAUAAAAACUUUGGAGGCACAGAAGAAACUCCUCAAAAAUCUGUUACCUCUAAGUCUAUUGUAUAUAAGAGUCCCCAUACCACUAUUUAUAAUAUAAAGGAAGCCAAAGAUCCAGGUUCAGAUACUUUUGGCUUUAAAUUACCUGAAUGUAAAUCAAGUAAUCUCAACAGUGUUAAUUCCAAUGUGUCUCAUCCUUUAGUUUUGGGGAAACAUCCUCUUUGUUUAGAUGAUAGUAAAAGGAAUCCAUCCAGUCCUCCACUUUUCCCACCAGCAAAAAAACAGACUUUCACUAUUCAUGAAGAAAAGCCUGCAUCAUCUAAUGACUCCCCAGGAGCAAUUUCUUCCUGGAAGAUUCUCCCUUCUGUCUUAACUUCUACAGUUAAUCUGCAAGAGCCUUGGAAGAGUGGAAAAAUAACACCUCCUUUAUGCAAGUGUGGCCGAAGAUCUAAGAGACUUACUGUUUCUAAUAAUGGACCAAACCAUGGAAAAGUCUUCUAUUGUUGUCCUGUUGGGAAGUACCAAGAAAAGAGAAAAUGCUGUGGUUACUUCAAGUGGGAACAAACACUUCAAAAGGAAAGAGCGAACAGUAUAGUUCUAUCUCAUUCCCCAGGAGGACUCACUUUUAGUUCUCUAGAAACAAACCUUAUUUGUGACAGAAAUGUAAAUUUUUCUACUAAAAAUUCACUGAGACUCAGACCUUCAAUGAGAAAUUGACCUUUUUUAUGUCUAAACUAUGUUUUUACUUCAGUAUGACUUUUAGUGCAGUAAAAAAUAUGUAUAGGGCUACAUGUUGUGAGGACUUUGCAUAUCUGAGCUCUGUAAGCUACUCUGGGGCUAUUCAGCACAUUCACACACACACACACUGAAAAUAGAAAACAAUAAUAUCACAGCCUUCUAAUUUCAUACACCAGUUAUCUAAUUUGUCUUCUCUCCAUGUAUGAAUCCUGAUUGUCCCCUGAAUUUCCACACAUGAGUAUGCUGAUAAUGUCUUAUACUAUUUUAUUUAUAUUUCAUAUAUUAACUGUUACCAAACUUAUCAUACUUUUUUGAAGAACCACAAAUUAAAUACUUGGUAAACUGUAUUUAUUAGAUUAAAUAUAAUAGCAAUAUUAAUACAUGAUAUCCUAUUUCUUUAUAUUGAAUUAUAAUUGUCAUACAAUAUUAUAUCAGUUUCAGGUGUACAAUAUAUGAUAUCCUUUUACACUUAGACCUUGAAAUGAAUUUUAAAUUGUUUUUAAAUUGUUUGAAUAACAGUGUGACCAAUAAAAAAUCCCUAGACUAUUUUCAGGUAGAUACUUGUACUUUGAGAAUUACGGUAAUCUAUUAUUUA